GUCCCUUCCCGGACACCGUAGUCAAUGCAUGGCCAGCGGGGAUCAUGUUGAAGGUGACAGGUAGCGCAAUGCCGGCUGCUCUGAGUUUGUUACCGACCACCGUGUACGCCGCAGCCGCUGACGGGGACAAGGAGACGACCACCUUGAUCCACCGGGACGAGCUGUCUCUGUACGCCGCUCCUCCUCAGCCGAAGUCCCGGUAUGUGGAGCCUGAACCGGGUCAGCUGGAGGAGACUGUCGCCACCCUCAGGAAGUUCAUAGAGCCGUACAAGGACUGGUGUCAGGGAACUUACGGUAAAAUUAAACCCAAAGUUCAGAGUGUGGUCCAGUUUGGGAAUGACACCUACGGCUUCCUGAAGAACCCACCCCAGGACUUCCUCCCCCGGGCAGGAGUUAUAACCUUCACCGGUGUCCUGGGGCUGUUUCUCGGAAGGGGCUCCAGGAUUAAGAAGCUUAUUUACCCGGCGGGCCUGAUGACCGUGAGCGCCUCCCUGUACUACCCCGAGCAGGCUGCGGGCAUCGCAAAGUCAGCGGGAGACUCCGCGUACGAGCGAGCCGUUCAGACCUACGCUGCUGUGGAGAAGAUGAUAAAGUCUGAAAACAACCCCGAAAAGGGCAAAGACUCAUAAUAUAAACCCAAAGGAUCUUAAUCUCAACAAAGCAAUAAGAAAUCAGCAGCAUUUCCGGAUAUUGUAGAUCGACAUGUGCUUCUUAGACACGCAGAAAAGCAGUAAUGUGACUUCCUCAUGCCCACUUUUUGCACUAUGCUUUUACAUGUAACUCAGGCCGGGCAUGGCCUGUCACAUGGAGAGUGAAUAACUUCUGCCUCUGAUUUGAAUGUAUAUUUAUGUAGUGAAUUAUUAAAAAUCAACUGUCUUACUU